AUGCAAUACAAUUCACUAUUCUGGCUUUUGUUGGGACUGACUGGUUGCUCAGCAACUCAAGUUGUUGCAACAGAUGAAGUUCCUAUUCUGGGUCCAUCCUUUAUCGCCAAUUUUGACAGUUCCAGGGCUCAGGCGAUCAAUGAGGCCAAAUCCGAGUUUCCGGGUAUCAUUGAAGACCUGUUCUCAUCCGGCGACCUGAACCGAACAGACCUAAUCUUCGCAAUUGAUGUCUUCUCCGCCUCGACCAAUGACUCCAUCUACAGCUACUACCAUGUUGGCGAGGGCCAGGAAUAUGCCCUUGGCGCAGGAAGGCUUGAUGAUCACACUGUAUCGCGAAUCGGUAGUGUAUCAAAACUCUUCACCGCCUACGCCAUCAUCGCCCAGGCAGGCAUAAAAAUUUUCAGUCACCCUGUGACGAAGUACUUGCCUGAACUCGCAAGCAACUUGACAAGCAAUCCACUGCAGAGGAUCGACUGGAAUGAUAUUACGGUCGGGGCACUUCUUUCCCAACAGGCCGGCUCCGGAGGAGCAGGAGGCUUCUUCGAAUACACCGACAAUGAUGUCGCUAGGCAGAAAACAGAAGAAUUUCUGAAGUAUAUGCGAGAUGAGCAGCACCCGGUGAUUUCACCCUUUCGGACAGCUGCAUAUUCGGAUGCCGGAUACGCCGUCCUGGGUGAGGUACUUGCUCGCCUUUCCGGAAGCAACUAUCUCGAUGCCUUGCACAAUUCCGUGUUGGACCCCUUGAGGCUAAAUGAAACUUCGACAACAGCACCGACCGGCCCGGGUGCCAACGUGAUCGACCGCUCAAGCCAAGAGAAUAGCUCGUGGGGUUACGAUAUUCCACUUUAUGAAGGUUCUGGCGGCGUUUACACGAGCCUAGCAGAUCUUCGAGCUACCGGACUCUCCAUACUCAAUUCCGAGAUCCUGCCUCCAACCACCACCCGAGAAUGGAUGAAGCCUCACAGCGGAACUGGCUCACUUGUAGGGCUCGUGGGUGCGCCAUGGGAGAUCACCCGCCUAAUGAUUCCGGUCAGCCCGACCUCGAACCGCACCCGUGUGUGCGAUCUCUAUCUCAAAGCAGGCGGUAAUGGUGACUACACGAGUGUAAUUGCUCUCUCCCCUGACCAUGGACUCGGAUAUUCAAUCUUAGUAGCCGGCUCUAAUGCCACUGACUCUCGUUGGCCAAUACGCGACGCACUUGGGGAGACAUUCGUGCGAGCCGCAGAGUAUGCCGCCGCAGAAAACGCUCGAGACAGCCUGUCGGGCACAUUCGUCAGUAACUCAUCAGAGGGGACCAACAUGACACUCACCGUGGACGACGACCAGCCCGGCCUCGGAUUAGAGUCAUUCUAUGUCAAUGGCGAGGACACCCUCGGGAGCGCCGCAGCGCGUCUCUACCCGACUGGUCUGUAUGCGGAUGGGACUUCCUUAGCCACCCAAUACAAGGCCGAAGGAACAAUUCUGGCAUCACAUCGUAUGAUUGCCAGUGGGCUUCCGCUUCCCCCCCGCGCUGCAGUGGAAGGAGGCCAGGGCGGCGGUUUGUUUGACCAUUCAUUUGUUUGGCUCGGCGUCGGGUUCUUUGGAUCUCUCGACGAGUUCAUCCUCGAACUCGUUGACGGACGCCUCGCGAGCAUUAGGGCUCCCUAUUAUGAUCUCGUGUUCAAUUGA